GCAGCAUGGGAGGUGCUCUUUCAGAUGGCUGAAGUGCACCGACAGAUCCAGAUCCAGCUCGAGGAGAUGCUGAAGUCUUUCCACAACGAGCUGCUCACAGAGCUGGAGAAGAAGGUGGAGCUGGACGCUCGCUACCUGAACGCCGCGCUGAAGAAGUACCAGACGGAGCACAAGAGCAAAGGGGAGAGUUUGGAGAAGUGCCAGGCGGAGCUGAAAAAACUGCGCAGAAAGAGCCAGGGCAGCAAGCACCCCUCCAAGUAUGGAGACAAGGAGAUGCAGUAUGUGGAGGCCAUCAGCAAUAAGCAGAGCGAGCUGGACAACUGCAUCGCAGAGGGCUACAAGCACGCUCUGUCUGAGGAGAGGAGGAGGUACUGCUUCCUGGUGGACCGGCAGUGUGCCGUCGCCAAGAACAGCAGCGUCUACCACGGCAAGGUGAGAAAGAACACAGCUCUCCACUUCCUGUUCAUCUGCUGGUGA